AUGUCUAGAGAUUAUGAAUAUGCCAGUUAUAAUCCUGUGGCUUACGACCUUGCAAAUCAUUUCUGUGAGAUGGUAGCAAACUACCACUCUGAGACACCUCACGUUUUGGACUACAGCAAUUAUCCAGGUCUGGAGGAGCGCCAGAGAUUUGUCCGUAUAUAUCUGAGCUCCGCAGGUUACCAACCCAGUGAUGCUGAUGUGGAUGAGCUAGUUGACAAAUCAGAGAAGUACACUUUGGCCAACCAUCUCUUUUGGGGCUUAUGGGGAAUAAUUUCGGGUUACGUGAACAAAAUUGAUUUUGACUACGUGGAGUAUGCAAGGCAGAGGUUUCAGCAGUACUGGUUGAGAAAGCCGGCAUUGUUGGGUGAUAAAGCAAUAAUGGCUUUGUAG